AUGUGUCCAAUUUGCUCGAAGAAUUGCGACUAUUGUAGCCGAAACAGAAAUGCUGUUUGCAACAAUGGGAAGAUUAAUAUUGAUACAAAAGAGAAAGGAGAGGACACUGAAAAACUAGAAUCAUCUUCUAAAGACGUUCAAACGUCUCAAGCAGACUUAUCCCAAGGCCUUAACCUCCUGAACGAGGUACUAACAGUCUUCCAAACUAAAAAACUUGAUAUCCCAAAAGAACCUUCAAUUACAAACUGCAGAACCAAAAUUUGCAAAGAUGCGGGCGUCGAAACGGAAUUCCCAGUCAAAACGUUUUAUAAAACAAAAUUGUCAAUGAGCAAAGUCUUUAAAUACUCGAUCAACGAGGAAAAAGUUAACGAACAUCCGAAAUUUAUGAUUGUUAACAGUUCCCAGCCUGAAAUGAUGAAAUCGCAGUACUCAAUCAACCUUAACAGAUACAAAUCAUCGUCUAUUCCUCAAAUGAAAUUGGAAGAACUGAAACAUUCUCUCAAAGAGAAAACUAAAUCCAAAGAUGCUAUUGAAGAGGUCAACAGAAUGUUCGCAACAGUCGGUAAAUACAACAAUGAAAGCUUAGACGAUUCUAACAGGCCCGUGGUUCGCACGGGACCACGAGUGUUGCCAGUGGUAAAGACGAAAAACUUCGAAAAUCCAGCCAAAAAAGACAGCUUAUGUCAACUAGGAUGUGCGAGGAAAAUCAGCUGCAAAUGUUGCCAGACUAGCAACUAUUAUUUGUCUUGUGGGGAUUCUCAUGAAUCGUGUAAUAACGGUAACCCUGAGAGGAAAGAUUCAGGGUUGAAUAAAGGCGAUAAAUGUGUGUACAUGUUGUCAUGUCCACACGAUAGGCCGAAAUCGCCGAGUGUUUGUAAUUGUUGCAAGAGACGAACUAAAGAUGUCAGUCAUGAGGAUGUUGCGGAAUGUUGCCAUUUUUGA